UGUAUUGGCUAAACCCCGCCUUAUACUGCGAAGUGACCAAUCAUCUGCCACUAUACUCAGCUCCUCAGACGAAUCGGCCAAUCAGAACACUGCUCCUACGAACGCCUCAGCUUCAACUUCCUAGCGGGAAGCUAUCGGGAAACAGUGCCUGAGCUUCGGUUGUUCAAGAUACACAGUUGACCCGAGGGAAGAUGAGGCUGUCCCGAGCGGAAUAUAAAGAAAUAGUGAGAUGCACUGAACAUUUGAGACCUACUCGCCAAUGUAUGAAGAUGCUGAGGGAGAGAUUUCCACAUCACUCGCAGUCCACUCUUCUGAGCAUCUUCUCCCUGGAGUACCAGAAAAGGAUCAAAAGAACAAACUCAAGACACCAUACACCGGAUGUUAUUGAAAGCCACUAUCAAAGGUAUCUGAGUGAAGCCAAGGCACGUCCCACCGCUCCCGUCCUGCUGGAGUUAGCCAAUGAGGUGGAUCUGUCUCCUGCGCUGAUGGCUCGUAUCAUCCUGGACAGGUUCCUUCAGGACCUGGAGGGUGGAGUAUCCUCUAAAACUGUCCUCAACAACAUGCUCAAGGAGCCAUCUUUAAUUCCAGACCAAACUCUGGCCAAUAACAUCUAUCAAUGCACAAUAAAUGACUGCUGUUAUGGACCGCUGGUAGACUGCAUCAAACAUGCUAUUGGCCAGGAACAUGAGGUACUGCUCCGUGACAAACUGAGGGAGAGGAACCUAUCCUUUUUAGAUGAAAACCAGUUGAGAGCUAUGGGCUACGACAAAACGCCUGACAUUAUCCUGGAGGUUCCAGUUGCUGUGGAGGGGCACAUUGUCCACUGGAUCGAGAGCAAAGCCUCUUUUGGGGACGACCACAGCCAUCGCACCUACCUCAACGAGCAGUUCUGGAGCUAUUGGAACAGAGCCCACCAGCCUGCCCGCUGCCACCGCAGGGAGCUUCCUGUCUCCAAGCACAGCUUACAGAUAUGGGGACUCAUCAGAGGCCAGGGGGGCUUUCUGGCUAGAUCUCCAAAUUAGCAGUAUGGCCAGUGUUUGGCUUUAGAGCCUAAUAAGCUUCAUCUGAGCACAGUAAAAGCUUCCCAGACAUGUUUUUUUUUUCUUCCUUUUAAUAAUAGAUUUUAUUUGUAAAGCACUUUUCAUUCGAGAAUCUCAAGGUGCUACAGGUAAACAAAACAAGUAAAGAAAAUAGAAAACACAGUAAAUAUCAGCAAGAUUAAAAACUCAGAGACGGAGAAGCGGCGAACAAACAGACACCAGCGUCCUUUCCUCUCUCCUAUCCCUA